AUGAGUACUACAAUUAAUUCAUUCAAUGGAGAUCAACAACAAUCAAGUUCAUCACCCGAUGUCGGAGAUUUAGAAAAGCAUUAUAUCGAUGCCAAAGCUUUUAUUUUAUCAGCAACAACCAAAGAUGGUAUCAACUUAUAUGAUCAUUUAGCACAUUGCAUAUCGCAAUUAUUAGCUGAUCAGCCUCGUGAAGGUACUGAUUUAGUCGAAGAUAUUAGUAAAACUAUCAAAAGUGAAGCAACUCCAGCUCAACACGAUACAUUACGAGAUCGACCAGCACCAGAUUCGGAACAUAGUUUAGCUGCAGAACAGAAGCCACUUUUUGAAAAAGUCGAUCAUAGCGAAGAACUUGAUGACGAAGCAUUACAAUCGCCAUUACCACAUAUUCUUGAACAAGCAUACUAUUUUGAACAAGCCGGUAUUGGUCUUGGCAAAGAUGAAUCAUAUCGAAUUUGGCUGGCAUUGAAACAACUUGCGGAUAAAGGUCAAAUUGAUAAAUUACGUUUUUGGGGAAAAAUAUUUGGUACACAAAAAAAUUAUUUUAUUGCUGAAGCUGAACAAAAUGUUGAUGAUGAAACAGAUGAAAAUGAAUUACACGAAGAAGCUCAUAUAAGCGAUGAUAAUCGACAUCCGAAUGAAGAAGAAAUGGACGAUGAAGAAGAUAUGUUACCAAAGUCAACUUAUAAACCACCACCAGUCGUACCAAAAGAAGAACGUGGUACUGGCGCUAAUAAAUAUACAUAUUAUGUUUGCAAUCAUCCCGGAGGAGUAUGGGUUAAAUUACCGAUUGUGACGCCAGCACAAAUUUCUCAAGCACGUUUAAUAAAACAUUAUUUUACAGGAGAUUUAAAUAAAGAAAUCACAUCCUAUCCAGCAUAUCCAGGAACAGAAAGAAAUUAUUUACGAGCACAAGUUGCAAGAAUUAGUGCAACAUCAAGUGUAUCACCAGCCGGAAAAUUUAAAUUUUCUGAAGAAGAAGAAGAAACAGAAGACGAAGGAGCUCGAGAAAGUUACCAAGAAAAUGAAGAUUUUAAAGGAGCAACAUUAUCAGAAUUACUCGAUGAAGAAUUAAAUGGAUGGGUUCAUCAUGUUCAAUAUAUUCUUCCACAAGGACGAACAAAAUGGUGGAAUCCAGGUGAAAAUGUUGAUAAAGAAGAAGAAGAAAACGAAGAAGAAGAAGAAAUGAAAGCGGAAACAGAAGAAAUCGAACCGGAACAAGGACCACCACUAUUAACACCCAUUGGUGCUGAUGCCGAAAUACAAACUACAAAAGCAUGGACAGCAAAAAUUUCCUCACAUCUGAUUCCACAAUAUGCCUGUGCUUUUGUUCGAUCAAAUCUUUGGCCUGGCUCCUAUGCAUUUGCUCGUGGCGCAGUUUGGGAAAAUAUUUAUGUUGGUUUCGGACAUAAAUAUGCUACAAGUGAUUAUGGGCCAGAGUUACCACCAUUGCCAGCCAAUGAAUACAGUGAUGGGCCAGAGAUUGGCGAAGCUGAAGAUCCAUCGCCAGAAGAAGAAGCGAAGGCUAGAGCGGCAGAAGAACAAGCUGCCGAUGAAGGCGAAGAAGAAGAAGCAGAAGAAGAAGUUGACAAUGAAGACAACGACGAUUAA